AUGGGCCAGUCAACUUCGACGGCUUUAAUCACAAGCCGUCGAGAUUCAAUUCAUAGCAGCCACCGGUCAAAAGCCAAAUUCACGGUCCCGAUCAUUCCGAUGCAAGUAGAAGAACAAACCGAAUUUGCGCUCGUUGAAGCACCUGAUUACAUCUCAGAGCUUCCUGAUGAAUGUUUAGCUUGCAUUUUCCAGUCACUCAGUUCCGGCGACCGGAAACGCUGCUCUUUAGUUUGUCGGCGAUGGUUAAGGAUCGAAGGACAGAGCCGUCACCGACUCUCCCUCAACGCCCAAUCAGAUCUCCUCGCUUUAGUACCGUUUCUCUUCUCUCGCUUCGACGCUGUAACUAAGCUUGCUCUCAAAUGUGACCGCAGAUCCGUUAGCAUCGGCGACGAAGCGCUAGAUGCAAUAUCCAUGCGUUGCCGUAAUCUCACGCGCCUCAAGCUUCGCGCGUGUAGAGGACUCACAGACGCAGGCAUGGCAGCUUUCGCUAAAAAUUGUAAAGCAUUGAAGAAGCUAUCGUGUGGAUCUUGCACUUUUGGAGCGAAAGGAAUGAACGCGAUUCUUGACAAUUGCGCAUCACUCGAGGAACUAUCGGUAAAACGGCUUCGAGGAAUUACCGAUGGCGCGGCGGCCGAGCCGAUUGGACCGGGGUUAGCUGCGGCUUCACUUAAAACAAUUUGUUUAAAGGAACUUUACAAUGGGCAGUGUUUUGGCCCGCUUAUAAUCGGGUCAAAGAAUUUAAAAACUUUGAAGCUUUUUAGAUGCUCUGGCGAUUGGGAUAAGCUUCUACAAGUCAUUGCGGAUCGGGUUACGGGUAUGGUUGAGAUCCAUUUAGAGAGGCUCCAAGUUAGCGAUACUGGCCUUGCAGCCCUCUCUAAUUGUUUGAAUUUGGAGAUUUUGCAUCUAGUUAAGACCCCGGAGUGUACUGAUAUUGGACUUGUUUCCGCCGCGGAGCGUUGUAAGUUAUUAAGAAAGCUUCACAUUGAUGGUUGGAAAGCGAAUCGGAUUGGCGAUGAUGGGUUAACGGCAGUUGCUAAGUAUUGUCCUAAUUUGCAAGAGUUGGUGCUCAUUGGAGUGAAUCCUACAAAGAUUAGUUUAGAAUUGUUAGCUUCGAAUUGUCAGAAUCUAGAACGGUUAGCAUUAUGUGGGAGUGAUACUGUUGGCGAUGCGGAGAUUUCUUGUAUUGCAGCCAAAUGUGUGGCACUGAAAAAGCUUUGUAUCAAGAGUUGUCCAGUUUCGGAUCAUGGAAUGGAAGCGCUUGCACAUGGGUGCCCGAAUUUGGUUAAAGUGAAGGUGAAGAAGUGUAGAGCAGUUACUUGUGAGUGUGCGGAUUGGUUGAGAAUGAAGAGGGGAUCCUUGGCAGUGAAUUUGGACAGCGGGGAACCUGAGCAUCAGGAUGCAAGUGCUAGUGAUGGUGGGGUACAGGAAAAUGUAGUUGAGUUUCCUUCAGUUCCUAACCAAAUGCCGCUGCCUAGUAUUGCAUCGAGCAGUACUGGACGAUCAACUUCUUUCAAGUCAAGAUUAGGGCUUUUAAGUGGGAAAAGUUUGGUGGCUUGCACAUUUAGAAGAUGGUCAAGGGGUGGUGAUAGCAGUUCUCGCGGAUAA